AUGCCCCGAGGAAAGAAGAGUAAGGCACGUGCUCGUGAGAGACGUGACCAAAAUAGAGUUCAGCAGCAGAAGCUGAAAGAUGCUCAGCCCAGUGCACCAGAAGAAAGAGAGUCACCCUCCUCUGCACAUGCUUCUGGAGAUUCUCUUCCCAACUCAUCUACUGCUGGCUUCCUCCACACAUCUCAGUCACCUGUACACUCCAUCUAUGCUGGUAUAGGUCUUACACUAAGUAGGUCUGAGAAAGUGUACCAGAUCAAAGGCAACUCCAGCACCAGAUCCAAUGGAUCUGACUCCUCAGGCGAGCCCCCGAAAUAUGAUCUUGUUAAGAGCAAGACAAAAAAGCUGAUGGAUUACAUGCUCAGCAAGUACAAAAUGAAUCAGUCCUUGAAAAGGGAAGAAAUGGUGAGAGUUGUUAACAAAAGUGUCAAGAAACUUUUCCCCGAGAUCCUCAAGAGAGCCUGCCAACACCUGGAUAUGGGUUUUGGCCUUGAGUUGAAAGAAGUGCACCCCAAUGCCAACACGUUCAAGCUAGUCAGCAAGCACAGUUUCAAGGAUGAGGUGCGUCACCACAGCCAGCUAGGCCUCCCCACCAGGAGGAUUCUCUAUUCUGUCCUGAGUGUCAUCUACUUAAAUCACCGCUGUGCCCCUGAGGAGAAAAUCUGGCUACUCCUCAAUCAACUAGGCAUCUAUGAUGGGAUUCAGCACAUCAUUGUUGGGGAUGCCAGGAAACUCCUCACCCAACAUCUAGUGCAGGAAAAGUACCUGGAAUACCACCAGGUUCCUGACAGUGAUCCUCCCAAGUAUGUAUUCCUGUGGGGUACUCAAGCUUAUACUGGAAAGUGCAUGAAGAAAGUCUUGGAGUUUCUUCUCAAGUACCGUGAAUACGUCACCCACGGUGAUGAUACACUCCUUUAUGAAGAUGCUUGGUGGGAACAGGAAGAGAAAGGCAAAGAUGACCUUUCUACAGAGGAUGGCAUUUAA